AUGGAAGGUCACGAACCUUCUUCGCUGGGCCACCAGGACCUGCUGGCCCAACUGGCCUUCCGGGAUCACCAGGUGACCCAGGUCAGCCCGGUUUACCAGGAGUUCCCGGAGAUCCCGGUGUCGGUUUCCCUGGACCCCAGGGACAACCUGGAGGUCCAGGACCAGAAGGGGACAGUGGACUUCCAGGGCCCCAAGGUCCAGAGGGCCCCGAGGGGCAACCGGGUCCAAAAGGGGAGGAAGUGCGACACUACGUCAUCGGACCUCCUGGCAUCCCAGGGAUCCCAUGGAGAGGAGGCUAUGGCUUUAAUACCCAUGAGAUGGAUCUCGUUCUGCCUGUCCUUUCUAGAUGCUGAAUACAGUGGCGUCUUGGGCGCUCAGGGGCCUCCUGGUCCACCUAGUGUCCCAGGCCCUGCUGGCCCUCAAGGCCCUGCCGGUCCUUCAGGACAGGCCCCCUACAGCAGCUCUGGAUACAGGCUGGAGGAGGUCAAGGACUACAUACAGAACCAUGGUCUGUUGAGGGACGUGGUUGAGAACCGGUCUCAGCUGGAGAAGUCACAGGUUGUUCAAGGACCCCCAGGACCCCCUGGCCCUCCCGGUGCGCCAGGAUUCAGCCGUGUUUUUGGAUCCCAUAGUAACGCCACUGACCUUGUGGAAUACAUCAGAGCCCAUGGAAACAUUGUGGGACCCCCUGGAAGGCCAGGACAGAAAGGGGACAUAGGACAUACAGGUCACAAAGGCGAGAGAGAUACCUUUUUGUUCCAUUACGCCUUUGAAAUCUUUAGAGUUGCGCUCUUGAUCAUUUGCCAGGUCUUUGCAAACCAUUGUGUUAAGCGACUCAGGCAAGACAAAGUCAUACAAUCAGUCGGAAUUCUGGUUGACAAGGACCAGAUGGAAUCCCAGGAAGGACAGUCCUCCCUGGUCUGGAGUGGAAAAGGAGAACACACACUCGUGACGCACAGAAGGAGGAGGAAUGUUGGUGUUUGAGAUGAUAUGAUUGUUAAAAUACCCAUUGAAAAGGUGAAUGAAAGUCCUAAUGAAAUAUGUCAUGAGUCAUGAGCAUACAUGUGUGGGGACCUAAUGCCUUGGAGACAUUACCGAUGUGAAUAUAUUAUUUUCUACAGGAGAAACUGUUGAACAGGACAGUAAUUCCAUGCGCUGAUGUAUUAUGUUGUGUCAAAGACGUCUUUAUGAUCUAGUUUUUUACUAGUGUUUGAUCUGGAGUAUGUUUCUAAUUCACCUCCUUGCAUGUUGAUAGCAAGAAUAGUUCAACUAUGUGACAAAUAGGGGUGUGCUAUUUUUAUUCAAUAGCUUUUGUACCAUUAUCGUUAUUGUACUUGAGGAAAAACACAUUUCGUA